CGUACUUUGUAGCAACAACGUGGGAUCAGUGUGAGUGAUGAGGCUGCAGUGUAGCUUCAUCUGCUCCUGAACACAGAUAACAGAUAAAUACAGAUCAAUACAGAUAAUUAAUAGCUCCAGCUCCUGAUCCGGAUUCAGCUCCUGCAGGAUGGCGGACAGUGUGCCCUCCGUGGCCAGGGAUGCGGUGCUUAAGGAGAGCGCCGCUCUGCCGGAGGACGUGCCGCGGAUCCGAGGCUACGACUUUAACCAGGGGGUGGAUCACCGAGCCCUGCUGCACUCCUACCUCACCACAGGCUUCCAGGCCAGCAGCUUCGGCCUGGCCGUGCAGGAGAUUAACAAAAUGAUUGAGAAGAGGCUGGAGGUGGUGGAGGAGCCGGAGGAGGAGCAGCAGGACGCUGGUGACUCUCAGCAGGGUCGUUCAGGCUGUACCAUCUUCUUGGGAUACACCUCCAACCUCAUCAGCUCCGGCGUCCGCGAGACCAUCCGCUACCUGGCCCAGCACAAGAUGGUUGACGUGAUCGUGACGACGGCAGGUGGUGUUGAGGAAGACUUCAUUAAGUGUUUGGCACCAACCUACCUGGGCGAGUUUAGCCUUCCAGGCAAAGAGCUCAGACAGAGAGGCAUCAACAGGAUUGGAAACCUGCUCGUUCCGAAUGAUAACUACUGUAAGUUUGAAGACUGGUUGAUGCCCAUACUGGACCAGAUGGUGCUGGAACAGAAAACAGAGGGCACACACUGGACUCCCUCAAAAAUGAUCCACAGACUGGGCAAAGAAAUCAACAACCCUGACUCUGUCUACUACUGGGCGUACAAGAAUGGCAUCCCUGUGUUUAGUCCCGCCCUCACUGACGGAUCAUUGGGUGAUAUGAUCUAUUUCCACUCCUACAAGAAUCCUGGACUGGUGCUGGACAUUGUGGAGGACAUAAGGAGGCUGAACAGUAAAGCUGUAUUUGCGAAGAGCACAGGCAUGAUCAUACUGGGAGGAGGCCUCGUCAAGCACCACAUCGCUAACGCUAAUCUAAUGAGGAAUGGGGCUGAUUUUGCAGUGUUUGUGAACACGGGGCAGGAGUUUGAUGGCUCAGAUUCAGGAGCCAGACCGGACGAGGCUGUUUCCUGGGGAAAGAUCCGCAUGGAUGCCAAACCUGUGAAGGUCUACGCUGAUGCCUCUAUAGUUUUCCCUCUGCUAGUGGCUGAGACCUUCGCCCACCAUGCUGGCAGACUGACCGUGGAGAAAACCAGCGACUGAGUGCCUAUAUUUACAAUAUUUCGCCAUUUCCUCAUUAUAUUUUAUUAUUAUUUAUGAUUUAUUUAUAUAGGUAACUUGCCUUGUUCUUAGUGCUGCACAUUUCUUGUGCUGAUUGUCUUUUAGCCUUAAGUUAAUGGAGAACUCUGGUGUAAAAUGGACUUUUGUUGUAGUAAAACAUGAUAAAAAUGUCUUACCUUUGUUGAAUAGCACACCUCCACUCUCCCACAGCUUUCUGAGAUAAAUUAAUAUUGUUCUUUUUGCUCAGCACUCUUUACAACAGGCUCUAUAGGGCAUAUUUAGCCCCUGAUAAAUCGCUGUUUACACCGUUAUCCAGGCUCAGAGUAGCUCCACACCUCCUUGGUUGAAUCCGGAGAGCCCUGACAUUUAAAAUAAGGCAUUAAUCACUUUAAAAGUGCACAAGAAGCUUAUUUAAAAAACACUGUUUACAACCUGUAGCCUAACCUACACCUCCAAACAUCCUGGAAAAGUUAUUAAUGAUUUGUUUAAAUGCCACAACUCUCCAGAUUCUACCAAGGAGGUGUGGAGCUACUUUGAGCCUGAAUAACGGAGUAAAAAGCGAUUUAUCAGGGGCAAAAUAUACCCCGAAGCAAAUGUUGUAAAGAGUGUUGGGCAAAAAGCACAAAAUUACUGUAACUCGGAAAGCUGUGGGAGAGCGGAGGUGAGCUAUUCAACACAGCUAAGUACUUUUUAUUGUGUUUUACUACACCAAAAGUCAAUUAUUAUUUUAUUAGUAUUAAUUCCUUUAAUUACAUUACAUUAAAUAUUUUGUUUAUUGUUUGUUGGUUUUUCGUUGCUUAGUUUUGACACCAGCUAUUGUGUUCUAAACGAAAUUAAUAUUUGGCCAAACUCUGUAAGAGAAGCAUCUGAAGUGGUUGUAUAGCAUGUAUAGCUUUAUAAGGGGAAAACCUUUAGAGAAACUGACAGAAUGUAUAUAUUUGUUCCUUUAUGUUUUAUUGCUGUAAAAAAACGGGACAAUCUUAACUCACGCUUAACCCAGUGAUUUAUUCUAUGAAUUAUUCUAUUAAUAAUCUCUGUGUUCAGAGAAGAAAUAAAAGAAUGAAUGAAAGCAUCUAAUGAACAAAA